GAAAAGCCCAUCAGCCAACUUCUACAACCUUCUAAAGUGUGCUAGAAAAUGAAAUCUGCUGUCUUCUAAAGUCGAACCGUCUGUAUUUUUCGGUGUUGGUGAUAUUCAGCUUCUUCAGUGCUCUCUUCGACUCUUCCCUGUUCUUCCCUCGUCAAAUUGCAGAAAGGAAACUUCAAAUUCGUCUCAAAAUCGAAAAUCGAAAUGGCAGAAGAAAUUUCUUUGGAUUUGGAGGAACUCAAGCACCUCCAGAGCAUUGCGAAGAGACCUCGCGUUGUUUCUCUUCUUUCCGCUGACAUCCUCAACUUGGAGAAGGAACUGAAACUUGCUGCUGAACCACAACCUUCAGUAGUUCCUAAACCAAUAGCUGUUACACCAAAAGCUACGUCAAACGUAAACUAUACAACUCUAGGGUCCUUCAGCUGGGAUCAAGAUAACGAGAAAGUGAAGAUUUAUGUGCCUUUGGAGGGAGUUGACCAGGAAAAAAUUGAGGCAGAUUUCAAAAAAAUGUCUGUUGACCUGAAAUUUCAUGAUGUUGGCGGGAAAAAUUAUCGAUGUGCUAUUCCUAAAUUGCAUAAAGAAAUUGUACCAGAAAGAUGUAAGGUGUUGGUGAAGCCAGCAAGGGUCAUCAUCACUUUGGUCAAAGCCUCUAAAGAGAGUUGGCUGGAUCUGCAUUUUAAAGAAGACAGGCUGAAGCCAAAUUUGGACAAGGAGCGUGAUCCUAUGGCUGGAAUAAUGGACUUGAUGAAGAACAUGUAUGAGGAAGGUGAUGAAGACAUGAAGCGAACAAUUGCAAAAGCAUGGACCGAUGCUAGAUCUGGCAAAGCGGCUGACCCUAUGAAGGGAUUCUAGUUCUGAAAACCUUUUUUUUUUAUUGGUCUCCUCUACAAUGUAAUUGUAGCCCUCUUGCAAUUUCAGCUAUUGAACAUUUCGGUUGGGCAUCUAUAUAGAUUUUUCUUAAGAGUGUUUUUCACUGAAUCUGGUGGCUUCAGAGUUCCAUUUUAGAACUAGCUGAGAUCACCAUUGUUGAUAUGCAUCUUUGUCAGAAUGUACUUGUAUUAUUGUUGUAGUGCUGAGACCACCAUUUCGAUUUCCCUCUGCAAUUGUAUUGCUGAAAAUAGAAUUUUGAGCUAAUUCAGUAAGUUUAUGCAAAUUUGAAAUGAUAAAUCGCAUUUUAGCCCUCA